AAACGCACGGUGAUGAGACCAGUCUACUUGGCGUUGGUGUUGACUGAAUGUAAAACGAUCAACAUCAGAUCUCUAAUGUACUGAAAUUAUGACAGAGUCCUGACAGGUGUCACGUGGUGAUGCCCCGUCUUCGCCAGCUCAAGCUGCCUGUCGCCAUCAUCAUCGGUUUCUGCAUCAUCUACUUCCUGUUGCACCGUCAUGCCAGCGACAUUAACCGUCGCCCGAGACCUUUCCGACCACGAGCCCACAAGGGAGUUCCAAUGCCCCUUCCCCCUGACGAUGCUGACGAUAGUGGAAAAUCAUCCCAGUACAGUUUAGAGUAUCUCCACGAUUUAGGGAGGAUUGAGACACCUGACGACCAGCGUAAACAUGAUCAAGGUUACCACCACCAUGCGUUCAACAUCCUCAUCAGCGACCGACUGGAUUAUGUUCGGCCGAUCCCCGACACCAGGAAUCCUCAGUGCAGUGACAACGUCUUCUCCAGCAACCUGCCUACUGCUAGCAUCAUCAUCUGCUACAUCAACGAGGCUAGAUCCGCCUUGCUGCGUACAGUACACACUGUUAUAGCCCGGACACCGGAACACCUUCUCAAGGAGAUCAUACUGAUUGAUGAUUACAGUGACCUUGAUGACCUCGGGUCAGACUUCCUGGAAUAUGUCCACACCAACCUACCUAAGGUGAAGGUUUUCCGGCUGGAGCAGAGAUCAGGGUUGAUUCGGGCUCGGAUGUUUGGUGCGAAACAGGCCCGGGGAGAGGUGUUAGUGUUUCUGGAUAGUCACUGCGAGGUGAAUGUCUACUGGCUGGAGCCACUACUGACACGGGUAGCAGAGAGCGAACGCAACGUUGUCAUCCCCAUUAUUGACAUCAUCACCGACACCUUCGCCUACGAGGCCUCGCCGCUGGUACGGGGAGGAUUUAACUGGGGCAUGCAUUUCCGCUGGGACCAGCUCCCUCAGAGUUUCGUGGAUAACCAAGCUACCAACAGCAAACCAAUAAAAUCCCCAACAAUGGCGGGAGGCCUGUUUGCCAUCGACAGAUCAUACUUCCAUCAUAUGGGAGAGUAUGACUCGGGGAUGGAUGUGUGGGGUGGAGAGAAUCUGGAGAUUUCCUUCAGGAUCUGGAUGUGUGCCGGCCAGCUGGAGAUCAUCCCAUGUUCGCGUGUAGGGCACAUCUUCCGCAAGCGUCGGCCGUACACUGGACCAGGAGGAGACAGUUUCACCAAGAACUCCCUCAGAGUGGCCCUUGUGUGGAUGGAUGACUACAUUAAAUAUUACUACAAGGUCAGUCCGGGUGCCAAAGGAGUUGAUGCCGGUGAUGUCUAUGAUCGCAAGACUCUGAGGAGGCAGCUGAAUUGUAAAUCCUUCAAGUGGUAUCUGGACACAGUCUACCCAGAGCUGUCGUUGCCGAGUAACUACAGUAGAAAGCAGAUAUUAUUCAAUAAGAAAUCGCUCGGGAACUUCCAGCAGCCGAAGACCAAGAGAUCUGGGAUGUUGAAGCACAUGGCCUCAGGUCUCUGUGUGGAGUCGGAGGAAGAGGUGUACAACAAGAAGGCUCUCCUGCAUCUGGCUGUAUGCAGGUCAACUUCAGAGAGUAAAGAUCAGUCCGGGAAGACCCAGCUGUACAACCCCGGUAGUGGGAAGUGUUUGUCUGCCACAGGGAUUGAGCCAAACUCCUUCCUGAAGCUCGUCAUCUGCUCUGAUCAUCCCCUGCUCAACUUUGAUCUCGUCAUAGAGUAG